GGCUGAGAGGGAGGGGACACAGGCAUAGAAAGAAUAGUCAUCAAGAAACACAGAAGCUGUCAUAUGCUUUUGCAAAAUGGAGGGAUACGUAUAUUGAUGUUAUCCUGAUUGCUGGUAAAGUCACAUCUAAAGCUGAGAAUUAGACCUCCAAGCAAAUACAACUUGUGGUUUAACAAACUUAAGGAAGUGAAAGUGGACGGAUGCUGGUGAACACCUCAUGGCAGCGGCUACCUCAUGCAAUACAUCCAGUGCAACCUUUAACUUGGAAUCAUUUUUUAGAAUGAAAAGAAGUAGACUGACUGUUACAGUUAAUAGUCAAUCUGUACAAGGACCACAGAGAAUUAAAAGACAGAAAAUGGAAAGUCCCCCAAAACAAAGAUUGAGCAAAUUGCAUCAACAAAACUACAUAGACUGGGCUAAUCUGCCACAUCAUGUGGUCUUACAAAUUUUUCAGUAUCUUCCAUUAGUGGACCGUGCACGUGCAUCCUCUGUUUGUCGUCGCUGGAAUGAAGUUUUCCAUAUUCCUGAGCUGUGGAGAAAGUUUGAGUUUGAGCUUAAUCAACCUGCUACUUCCUACUUGAAGUCUACCCAUCCAGAUCUUAUUCAACAGAUUAUUAAAAAGCAUGCAGAUCAUCUUCAAUAUGUUAGCUUCAAAGUUGACAGCUGUACUGAGUCUGCAGAAGCAGCAUGUGAUAUUCUCUCUCAGCUUGUAAACUGCUCCAUCAAAACACUUGGCUUGAUAUCAACAGCAAAACCCAGCUUUAUGAAUGUGUCUAAGUCUCACUUUGUAUCUGCACUGACAGUUGUUUUUGUUAACUCAAAAUCACUGUCAUCAAUAAAGAUUGAUGAUACUCCGGUUGAUGAUCCUUCAUUAAAGGUUUUGGUUGCGAAUAACAGUGAUACAUUAAAGCUACUGAAAAUGAGCAGCUGUCCCCAUGUGUCUCCUGCAGGAAUUCUGUGUGUGGCCGAUCAAUGUCAUGGACUUCGUGAACUUGCACUAAAUUAUCAUCUACUAAGUGAUGAACUAUUACUGGCUCUUUCAACUGAAAAACAUGUGCGCCUUGAACAUCUUCGUAUUGAUGUUGUAAGUGAAAAUCCAGGACAAACACAAUUCCAUACUAUUAAGAAACAAAGCUGGGAUGCCCUUAUCAAGCACUCACCUAAAGUGAAUAUUGUUAUGUACUUCUUUUUAUAUGAAGAAGAAUUUGAUGUAUUUUUUAGAGAGGAGACCCCAGUCACUCAUCUUUACUUUGGACGUGCAGUGAGCAAAGCAAUGCUAGGUCGAAUAGGCUUGAAUUGCCCUCGCUUGGUAGAGCUGGUAGUAUGUGCUAAUGGAGUUCAACCUUUGGACGAUGAGCUGAUUCGAAUUGCAGAUCGUUGCAAAAACUUAACAGCUAUUGGACUUGGAGAGUGUGAAGUUACUUGCAGUGCUUUUGUUGAGUUUGUGAAAAUGUGUGGACAAAGACUGACACAACUUUCUAUUAUGGAAGAAGUACUUAUCCCAGAUAAUGACUACAACAUGGAACAAAUCCAUUAUGAAGUCUCAAAGCAUCUUGGAAGAAUGUGGUUUCCUGAUAUGAUGCCUACAUGGUAGUUUGAGUCAAAUUUGAGUUUCUAAAAUUGGUUGGCCUUUGGCUCUACAAACUAUGCAAUAUUUUUGCAUAAUCCUUAGAAUAUGAAUAGUAUACGUAUAUACAAAAAGGAAUUUGUUAAAAAAUAUAAUUGCUUUCUAAAAUCUGAUUUAUUUCACAAAUGUAUAAAAUAUGAUAAUGUUUGUUAUCAAUAUGGAGCAUCACUUUUAAGCACUUUUAAGGACAUAUUUCUAGAUUUAAAAUGUAUGUCCAUUGCCCGAUGGUUAUGACUUAAAAUGCUGAAAUAACUUAACGUGUAAAAAUGUUUAUAGUUUUGUAUAAUUUGUAAAUUGUACUGUGUAUAGGUAAUUAAUAAUUGGAUAUAUUUUAAGAUAAUUAAUUAAACACACUUGGUUGAAUAAACUAUUUAUUCGACAAUUCUAAAUACAAAGUAGAGGUAGACAUUUAUCUUUUUAUGCCUCUUGUUCAUUGUAUAUUGGAUGAUAUUUUCCCUCUUUCUCGCACAAAUAUACACAUAUACAACUUUUCUUAUUUUCUUUAUCUAAUUUACAGUUAUUAUAUGCUAUGUGAAUAGCACCAGCGGUGAAUAUGUAUGUUAAAACACACCACAAAUACAUUACCCUAUAUCAUUACGAUAAUAUUUAAUGGAAUCAUUAGCAAGAAACUAAUGUUCUUUGUUUUUUGUAUAUAUAUUACUGUGUUGUAUGCCAGAUUAUUUUUAAAUGUCUGUAAAAUUAUGCUUUUGUAUUUUUGCCAUUACAUGUAUUGUAGACUGUUUUUUGUUUUAACUACAUGUGCUACUUCUCUUGAAAACCAUAUUGGUUUUCUUUUACUUUUACAAACAAGCUUAAUACAGCGUUUAGUUGCAUCUAGAAUAGCUUUAUUCACAUUGUUCUUGUACUCCUGAAAUUUGCACCAUCCAUUUUAGAGAUUCAUUUAGGUUUCUGCCCAUGUAAGAAAAAUCAGUUGUUCUAAAGUUUAAAACUUUUGUUUUACUAUGGUUGUACAGUACCUUUGCCUGAAUAUUAAACCAUACAGACUGAUGAUCA